GUAGAUUCUUCGCAGAAUGAGCUGGUAUGGAGGCAGAGGCAGAAAUACGCUUUUACUGGCAUCCAGGCCUUAUACACGGCCGACAGUCUGAUGACGCUCAAGCUUGAGGGCAGGAGUCGAACGAGAAAGUGGUCUACCACGGAGACAUGUGGAAUGAGAAAGAUUACUCUCAUGAGAGCCUCGGAGCUUUGAUCAAGAAGCUUAAUGGCCAUAAAUUGACAAAGAUCACCAGGCCUCCAGAGACCGUGGAAAUAUAGUUGGCCCUGCAACCACACCCACCACCCUGGACUUUCCCCGUCUAAUCGAGCGAGCACCCUCUAUUACCGCCCAGCCAGUUUACAUCAUGGCGAGGUAUUGUCCUCGUGCUGACCACAGCAAUCAACCCCGGAUCUGAACCUUGGUCAGAAAACUACUACUACAGCUUCCAUCAGCAUACUCACCAUGUGUGGCAAUCACACUUCUGUCGCAGCCUCAUUCAUCAUCAGACUCUUCGAGAUCUCCAAGGACGCUGUGGGCAGAAUUGAGAUACGCGAGUUCUUGUCCUUCAUACUUCCGGCGAAGCGCUUCAUCGGAAUGGAUUUGCCGGAUCGUUUCCUCAUCAACCCGCCCAUCGGCUUGUCGUUGGUGCAUGUCCCGCAAAGUUCUCCCUGUUGGCGACGACAUCCUUCGCAACGAACGACGCCUGACGGCCGGCCUGAUUAUGCGCACUUGGACCUGGACCACUUCUUGAGGGUAAUUCCGAUGCAUUGUGACAAAUAAGAGUAAGUCUUCGCUUCUUCUUGUGGCUACAUCACGCU